AAGCUUGUCGCCUCAUUCUCUCUCUCUCUCUCUCUCUCAUCCUUUCUCUCUCUAGAGAAGUGAAGGCUUUCUUUCUUUGUCCCUUAUCGCCUCACUCAGAAAUCUCUCUUUCUCAGAGAGAAGAGGUAAAAGAAAAAAAAGGAAAAAGGAAAGAGUUCUGGGCUUCAAUUAAAUUAAGCGGAGGAACUCAGAGUUUGUAAUUUUUCAAGGCAAACCCUAACCCUAGCUGGGAAAAAAAAAUUGCUGUUGCACCUGCCGCGGCAGCGGAGGUGGAGGGAGAAGUUGAAGAAAGAUCUUGUGGUUGGAGAAGGAUUGGGCGGGGGUGUAUUGUGUGCGUGUGUGGCAGAUGCGAUUGAAGAGUGGAAGAGUCGUAGGAGGAAGAGGAAUUGAUGCCGCCGGAGCCAUUGCCGUGGGAUCGGAAGGACUUCUUCAAGGAGAGGAAGCACGAGAGGCAGGAGCCUUAUCACCAUCAUCACCACCACCAUCAUCUGCACCCUACGGGUGGUGGUGGAGGAGGAGGAGGGGGCUAUGGGGGUGGGAUAGGGGGAUUUGGGGGUGGGCCAAGAUGGAGGGAGCCGCCUCAUCCCCAUCCCCAUCCCUAUCACUAUGCUUCGCCUCGCUGGGUUUCUGAUUUCCGCUACAGACCACCUCCUGGUUAUGGUAAGCAGGGUGGUAGACACCUUUAUCCAGAAGAAUCCAGUCACGGGUUUGUGCCAUCUCGCCCCAGUGACAGGGUGUUUGAAGAUGAAAACUGUCGGGGAUCUGUGUCUGGAAAGUACAGUAGAAGCAACAGAGAAAGCAGGGGCCCUUUUGGGCAGAAGGACUGGAAAGGUCAAUCGUGGGAGGCCACUCCAUCACCCAAUGCUCCUGGAAGACCACUUGAAACCAGCGAUCAGCACAGGUCAGUGGAUGAGAUGCAAACAUGCACUUCCUCCCACCCUCAUUUGGACUCUGCAAACUCAUGGGAUCAAUCUCACUUGAAAGAUCAGCACGAGAAGAGCAGUGGGGUGGUAAAUGCAUUGGGCAGCUCUGGCCAGAGACUUGAAAGGGAGAAUUCUCUAGGCUCAAUGGAUUGGAAGCCUCUGAAGUGGACUCGCUCUGGAAGCUUGUCUUCACGGGGUUCUGGUUUCAGCCACUCAAGCAGCUCCAAAAGCAUGGGAGCAGACUCCAAUGAAAUGAAGGCCGAGGUGCAGCCAAGCAAUGUGACUCCUGUUCAAUCUCCUUCCGGGAAUGCUGCUACACCUGUUGCUGCUCCCGCUGCAGCCUACGAGACAUCUGCUGGUGCAUCUGAAGAGAUGAGUUCACGCAAGAAACCACGCCUUGGUUGGGGUGAAGGGCUGGCAAAGUAUGAGAAGAAAAAAGUUGAAGGUGUUGAUGAUACUACACUGAAGAACGGGACAAUUAUCUGUAGCAGCAGCAGAGAACCUUUGCAUUUGCAUUCCUCGCACCUGGCUGAUAAAAGCCCUAGAAUUACAGCCUUUUCAGACUGUGCAUCUCCAGCUACACCCUCUUCUGUUGGUUGUAGUUCCUCACCAGGUCUUGAGGAGAAGCAGUUCAUCAAAGCGCCAAGUGUUGAUAAUGAGGCUACUAAUUUAAGUCCCAGUAUUGCGUCUCAGGACCAUCGGGACCAUAUUGAAGGAGCAACUUUUAACUUGGAGAAUUUGGACCUUGCUGAGAGCGGUCAUUUCAACUCUGCGAUCAAUGAGUUGCUUCUAUCUGAUGACCUGAUCUCUGUAGAUUCUGGCUUCGUUAAAUCCACUGCAAUUAACAAGUUGUUGGUGUGGAAAGGUGAUGUUCUAAAGAAGCUGGAGAUGACCGAGUCUGAGAUUGAUAGGCUUGAAGGUGAGUUGAAGACAUUGGCAUCCAUACCUGAAAGCAGCUGUCAUCAUCCAGCUGUUUCCAGCUCCCUGCCUAUGGAUUGUUUUUCAAAACCUGCUGAAGAACAAGAUGUUACGUCCAGUAUUUCUCAUAGGCCUGCCCUGUUGGAUCUUGGAUCAUCUGGGCACAAUGAUGCAGAGAAAAUGCCUAAUGUGCUGGUGGAUGACGAUGCCAAGGUCAAAGAUGAGGAUGUAGAUAGUCCAGGUAGUGCAACUUCUAAAUUUGUUGAAGUCGUCUCUUCAGGGAAAGAUGCGUCUCCAUCUGAACCAGGCAGUGAGCCAGGCAAUGACAGUGUAUGUAUCUCAAAUACAGAUUGUGCUAUGUCAAAAAACCUGGAAUUAAGUUAUGUUGGUAAUGGGGUGCAUGAGGACAAUGGAGGAGAAAAUUUUCAACUGGUUGCUAGUUGUUCUCCGACUCAUUUGGAUGAAAUUAGCUUAUGUGAUGAUAAAGAGCUUAAGUUAUGUGAAUCAAUAUUUGCUUCCAACAAAGAGUCUGCAAGUAGAGCUGCUGAAGUAUUUAAUAAGUUAUUGCCAGCUGAUCUUUGUAAGUUUGAUAUCUCGGGUGUUUGUUCUUUGAAAAGCAAUUCCAUUGUUAAGGAAAAUUUUCUGAGGAGAAAGCGUUUCCAGCAAUUCAAGGAAAGAUGUAUUGCUCUCAAGUAUAGGGCCCUUCAGCAUCUUUGGAAGGCAGAUGUUUGCUCCCUUUCUAUGAGGAGAUUUCGUGUGAAGUCUCAUAAAAAGCUGGAUCUAAGCUUGCGCACGGUGCUGAACAGCUCCCAGAAACAUCGUACAUCAUUUCGUUCUAGAUUGUCUUCACAUGAUGGAAAUGUAAGUUCCGGGUCCAAUACAGUGAUGAUGAAUUUUAUAAGCAAGUUACUUUCAGAUUCGCAGGUUAAACCCUGCAGGGAUACUUUGAAGAUGCCUGCUAUGAUCUUGGAUAAGAAGGAGAAGAUGAUAUCAAGGUUCAUUUCCAGUAAUGGUUUGGUGGAAGAUCCUAGUGCUGUUGAGAAAGAAAGGUCUAUGAUCAACCCAUGGACAUCUGAAGAGAAGGAAAUGUUCAUGGAUAAGCUUGCCGUACAUGGCAAAGACUUCACUAAGAUAGCUUCUUUUCUUGUUCACAAAACAACAGCAGAUUGCGUUGAGUUUUACUACAAGAAUCACAAGUCUGAUUGUUUAAAGAAAACCAAGAAGCAUCCUGAAUAUCCAAAGCAAGGCAAAAGUUACACUGCUAAUAAUUACCUGGUUGCAUCGGGGAAAAGGUGGCAUUGUGAGGCCAAUGCUGCUUCACUGGAUAUUCUUGGAGCAGCUUCAGCAAUUGCAGCUAAUGUUGAUGAUGGCAUGGAAAUCCAACAGACAUCUACUUCAAAAUACUUGCUUGGUAGGUCUAGCGAUUAUAAAUCAUCAAAAGGAGAUAAUGGUCUUUUAGAAAGGUUGAGCAGUCUUGAUGCAGAUAACAAUGAGAGAGAAACUGCAGCUGCUGAUGUUUUGGCUGGCAUCUGUGGUUCGUUAUCAUCAGAAGCUAUGAGUUCUUGCAUUACAAGUGCUGUUGACCCUGGAGAGGGUUACCAUGAAUGGAAAUACAGCAGAGUGGGUUCAUCAAGCAGGUUGCCAUUGACCCCAGAAGCUAUGCAGAAUGGUGACGAGGAUACUUGUUCUGAUGAAAGUUGUGGGGAGAUGGAUCCUACUGAUUGGACUGAUGAAGAGAAGGCUAUCUUCAUUCAAGCUGUGUCAUCUUAUGGCAAGGAUUUUGCUAUGAUCUCUAGGUAUGUCAGCACUCGGUCAAGGGAGCAGUGCAAGGUUUUCUUCAGCAAGGCCCGUAAAUGCCUGGGAUUAGACAUGAUAAGCCCAGGACCUGGCAAUGUGGUUAGACGUGAUGCUAGUGGUGGCAGUGACACUGAUGACGUGGGUGUUGUGGAAACUGGUUCGAUCACAUGCAGUGAGAAAUCAGGAGUCAAAUUGGAAGUAGACUUGCCAUGUCCUGAAGUGAAGUUGAACAUUGAGCCUGAUUCCGCAGGAUUAGCCAAUGUCAAUCCUGACCUGAACCACUUGGAGGAAAUUAGCGGGACAGGAGAUCGGGCUGCUGUCGAAGCUGGACUUCAGUCAAAGAAUUUGACUGAUGACUCUCAGAUGGAGGAAAAACCAGAGCAGGAAGCUGAUGGGAAUGGCGAUAUCCAAUCUGUUCAUAGUGGUGAGGUGGAGCAAGGAACUGCUGUUACAACCAGAGGAGUUGGAGAGACCUCUGACAGUGCUAAUACAUUAGAUACUCAAAUUCAUAGUGGAGCUUUGGAGAAGCGGGAUGAGCACCUUGAUGCAGAGAUGGAAGGGCUAAGCCCAGUGUCAUGGGAAAGUAGCAUAAAUGAUAGAAAGGAGAAAGAUGAUGCGAAUCAGAAAGAUGUGAAUGGCAUGGACCAAGAUUUGAAGUCUACUCCAGAUGGUGAUAUAUCUGGGGACCGGCAGAUUGGUGUGUUGGAAACUGAUUCUGUGGGAAGACCUUGUGUUGUCCCAAUCGAGCAGAAUGGUUUUCCAGCUCCCAUGAAGUCAGUACCUCAGUCAUGUGCUGUAAAAUGUCAGACUCCUAAUGAGGCUACAUCAUCAGCCCUUGAGGCGGUGAAGAUUAGUGGCGAGCAGGGUCAUCAAGUUACUAGGGUUGGAGAGAAGCUCCGUUCUGGAAGUUCCUUGCUGGGAAGUGUUGAUCCCUGCCAGAUCCUUAAAGGCUAUCCAUUACCACCCUCGACAACUAGGGAGGUGAAUGGCAACAGCAGUUGCAGAAGAUCUGCUACCCCUCAAAGCUUCCCAAAGGUGGACAAUAAUUUCCAUCGUGAUCGCCAUUUGGCUCAUGAUUCUUACCUUCAAAAGUGCAAUGGUGUGAAACAUUAUAGUUCAAUAGCUGAACUUCCAUUCAAAUUUCGGGAACAGUCCAGGGAUAUUAAUCCUGACCAUCAGUCGGGCAGUCCAUCAGAUGUCGAAAAACCUCGCAGGAAUGGUGAUGUGAAAUUAUUUGGUCAAAUUCUUACAAAGCCUUCGUAUCAGCCAAAAUCAAGUUCUAGUAGACAACAAAAUGGAGAUAAUGAGAAUCAGCAAUCCAAGAUUGGCAAGCCACUUGGCACAAAAUUCGCCAGUGAUCAAGCUAUAGGUGGAAAUUUAUCUCAGACGAAGUUGGAUCGCAAUAACCUUCUGGGUACUGAGAACCUUCCUGUGAGGAGUUUUGCAUAUUGGGAUGGGAGUAGAAUUCAAACUGGACUCCAUUCCUUGCCUGAUUCUGCCAUGCUACUGGCAAAGUAUCCUGCUGCAUUUGGAAAUUAUGUAUUGCCUUCGUCCAAAUUGGAGCAGCUGCCGGUACAUGGAGUGAACAAUGGUGAACGGAGUCUGAAUGGAUCAGCUGUGUUUCCGGCUAGAGAAAUUGGUAGUAGUAAUGCUGCUGCUGAUUAUCAAGCUUAUAGGAGUCGAGAACUGCAGCCUUUUACUCUUGAUAUGAAGCAGCGGCAAGAUGCGGUGCUGUCAGAGAUGCACAGAAGGAAUGGCUUUGAUGUAGUCUCGGGGAUGCAACAAGCAGCAAGAGGAUUGGUUGGGAUAAACGUUGUUAGUAGAGCAGGGAUUCUGGUUGGAGGUCAGUGUACAGGGGUUUCAGAUCCAGUAGCAGCAAUCAAAAUGCACUAUUCUAAGGCUGAGCAAUUAAAUGGUGGGCAAACUGCGAGCAUCAUUAGAGAGGAUGAUUCUUGGAGAGGUAAGGGGAGCAUAGGCAGGUAGUAGUGCAGAAUGGGCCUUUCAUGGGGGAGGCCCUCAGUGGCAAAUUUAUCUUUUUUUUUUUGCCGCAUUGUAUAAUAGUUUUGGGUAACUUCAAUUCAGUAAUGAUAGGGCAGUUGGGGCGGGGUUCAGGACCGUCUUUUUGUCAACAGAAUUUUAGGUGCUUGUAAUAUUUGCAGCAGCUUGUAUUUGUUGUAUUUGAUGAAAAUACAGAAAUAAUCUGUUCAAAGGUAUGGGAGGAGGUAGUUCAGUUUUUGAUGCA